UUAACCAAAGUGCUGCGUGCAUAGGUCGACUUGCGAGGUCGUAUGUCUGUACUACUACUAUGACUAUGACAUCAGAAUCUGGAUACAUCCUUUCCUGAUUCUUAACUUUACGCCCGCCACUAUCUCACUAUCUCACAGUUUCACCUCGUGCUGAACACGAGCACUACUUCUAGUCCUUAUCUGUGCGUCCGAUUGCUUAAACUCCAUCCUUUGUCCUCCUAUGUACAUUCCAUUCGUUUCUCAGUCCUUCCCCUUUGACCUUCGUGUUGCAUAUAACACGACGCGUAUCGUCUCAAUCCGACCGUCAUUCGGACACCUGUUUUUGACCCUAAGUAUUAGGCUUGACAUAUAAAUACGGUAUCCUCGAUAUUAUCGAAGUCUUUCGAAAAUUCUAUCUCCAUCUCAAUCGACCAUUUCUGUUCUCGCUGUGUGCCUGUUAGCAGCUCUGCAAUGUCGAGCAACCAGGCGCGGAUUAAUGCUCUGCUGAGGAAGUCGCUUACUGGGGAACUUCUUGACACCCAAUUUUACCUCUUCUCCGUUCGAUCGAAGCGUGAGGGCAACGUUAUCAACCUUCAAGCAUUGUUUGCCAAUGACGAAGCCCUCACCGCGGGUUCAGAGUAUUUCAAUAGCUUACUUUCCGAAAAGACGUCGAAUGAUUCUGCUGUGGUCGAAUUUCAAGACUAUCACCCUUGUGAAGGAGGGAUCUCUCUCGAUGAGUAUGGCUAUGCGUCCGAUAGUGACCUUGAUGAAGAAGAGGAGGAGACCGACGAAACUGUACAAGACAAUGAGAAGUGUGCGGAAGUCUCUGCGGAACGAGUAUCUCGAACGGUAUCGACUAAGAGCUUUGCUACCAAUGGGACGCAACGUAUCAUUCCAAGCCGCAGAGUCUUAGUAACAGACACUGCAUUCAAUACCUGGCGGGCUUUAUUAGACUAUCUGUACACUGACGAGAUCGUUUUUGCACCUUUGCGAUCACAAGCCAGCAAGUCAGUAAAACGUCGCAGCCCCGGUGAGGCCCCACCAUGCUCACCAAAGUCUAUGUACCGGCUGGCAUGCAAGAUAAAACACGACAAAUUGCAGGCCAAAGCGCUUGCUGCGAUACGCUCUAGUCUAACUGAGCACAACAUCCUACAGGAACUCUCUUCGUCUUUAACAUCCAAGUUUCCUGCCAUUCUUGAGAUGGAAGUCGAGAUUUUAUUCCAGAACAUUGUUACUCCCACUAUCAUGAAAGACUUUCCGACACUUAUUCAAAGGAUCGCUGGCGCUAACCUUCCGCAUGGGGCUGACAUCCUGACCAAACUCCACGAGAAAAUGUUAAGGCAGCACUACCCCAGAACUUCGUCACCUGUAGCCUGCACCUGCACCUGCACUCUGCACCUGCAUCUGCACCUGUACCUGACAAGUGCUCGCCGCCAAGUGGUCCAUUCAAAUUCAACUGGGAAGAACCACAAAAACCGGUAGCAGUGUCGUGGACCUGACUACACUGUAGCCAAAUUGAUUAUGUAGGUUCCUGCAGCAUAACAAGGAACUUGUUUUCCUCUGAUAGGCCGGAGUCAAUCUGGCACUAGUCUGCAGAGCCAGCUAGAUUAGCACGUCUCAUGAGCAGAUAAGAUAGAUGAUUUACGAGCUUGGCUUCUAUAGUUCGUAGUUGAGCCGAAGGACUUAACGUGGUACAUGGCCAAAUAAAAUA